AUGUUAAAUACAAAAGAAAAAGAGCUUAAAGGAGAAAAGUUGCAUCAAAUUAUUAACUAUAAAAUAAACAAUGAAACUUUGUAUUUAUAUGAUAAUAACAUAGAAUAUAAAAAUAAUAAUAAAGAUUCAUUAAAUAAUAAAGGCUCUCUUAUAUUAAAUGAGACAAAUGUAAUAAAUAAGAAUAAUAAUGAAAUAAUUUUAGAUUUAGAUAUACAAAAAAAAAAAAGAAAAAGAAAUGAAGAAAUAAAGAAGAAAGUUAAUAAUUAUAAUGAAGAUUAUGAGGAUUUAGAAAAUAGUAAUAAUUAUAAUUAUAAUAAUAAUGAUAAUAUAAAAAGUGAAAAUAUAAAUAAAACAAAAUCUUUUGAAGAUUCUGAAGAAAUAAAAACUAAAGAUAAAGUAAAAGAACCAACUAAUUAUAACUUGUUAAAAAUCAAUGAAACACAAAAUUUUUUUGAUGAUUUUUAUACAUUAUCUGAAAGUGAAAAUGAAAAAACAGAUUUAAGCAAAAAUGAUCAAAUUAAUGAUGAUGUAUUAAGUGAAAAUGAAUCUAUUGAAUCCGUAUCAAACAAUUAUGGAAAGUAUAAAGAUGUAAAUCCAGAAGAAUUAAUUUCAAUGUAUGAAAAUGAAAAUAAAAUAAAUGAAAAAAAAUAUGAGGAAGAUAAAUACGAUCAAUAUUUAGAUCAGAAUUAUAAAGGGCAAAUUAUUAUUGAUGGAAAAAGUGAAGUUGAUGAGUUUUUACUCGUUUCAAGAAUAGCGUACUAUGAUUUAGCAUAUAAAAAUCAAGAUGAACAAUCUGAGAAGAAACACAAUAAUUCUAUGAAUUUUAUAAACAAAAAUAAUUAUGAAGGAAAUUGUUCAAGUAACGAAUAUUCAGAUUCAGACGAUUCUGAAGAAGAAAAUGUUACCUCUAAUAAUAAUUUCAAAACUAUUGAUAAUGAACAACCAAUAAAUUAUACUACAUAUUUGUCAAAUGAUAAUAUAUUAGAUGAUGAUAAGAAUAAUAAUCAAAUAAAAAAGGAAUUAUAUAAUAAUGAAGAAAAAAAAGCGGAGGAAAAAAAUGAUACGGAUGAAGACGAAAAUGAUGAUAUAAAAGAUGUAAUAAAGAAAGAAGUCAAAGAUGAAAUAAAUUAUGAGAUAAAAUAUGAGAUAAAAGAUGAAUUAAAAUAUGAAAUUGAAGAUGAAAUAAAAUAUGAAAUGGAAGAUGAAAUAAAAUAUGAGAUAGAAAAUGAAAUAAAAUAUGAAGUAGAAAAUGAAAUAAAAUAUGAAGUAGAAAAUGAAAUAAAAUGUGAAGUAGAAAAUGAAAUCAAAAGUGAGAUUAAAGAUGAAAUAAGAUAUGAAAUAAAGAAUGAAAUUGAAGAUGAAAUAAAAAUGGAGAUAAAAGACGAAAUUAAAAAUGAAAUAAACAAUGAAAAAAAUAGUCCCCAUUUAAACUUCAGUGAAAAGACAUAUUUAAACUCUUUAAAAGACUUAAAUGAGGGGCAUAUGUCUGAAGAAUCUAAAGCAAUAAAAGGAAAUGAAUUUAAUUCUUGUGAAAGUAAAAAUAUGUAUCACAAGUAUAAUCGAAUAAAGCUAAUAGGAGCACCAGAAAGUGUAAAGGAAAAUAUAAAAAUAGAAAAAAUUGGUAAAAUGAUAAAAUUAGAAAAUGAUAUAUUGAUAAUUCAUUCUACUAAUUUUGAAUAUAAUUUAAGUGUUGGAUCAGUGCUAUGUCUAGAAAAUCGUAAAAUAAUUGGUUGCAUUAUCAACUUAAAUUCAAAUGAGACUGAGGUAUUUUAUUAUUCAAGAUUAAUUUUUCCUAAUAUUAGGGAGCAAUUAAAAGAAAAUAUAGAUAUUUAUGUUGAUUUAAAACAUGCUUUAUAUAUGAAUUUAGGUACAAGCGUAUGUUCGGAAUUAUUUAAUGUACUAAAAAAUCCAUCAAUACCAUAUGUUUUUAUUAAUUAUAAUGAUUUAUAUAACAUUGCAGAUACUCAAUUAUUAGAAAAUAAUAAUAAUAAUAACGAAAAUUCUAACAAAAUGGUUAAUAAUGCAACUUGUUUUAAUGGAAAAAGCAAAAACAUUAAAACCAUUUAUAUAAAUAAAAAUAUAAAAAAAUAUAAUCCAUAUAUUUAUAAAAAUUAUUAUAAAAAAAUUUUAAAAAAUUAUAGUCCACAUAAAUAUAAAAAAGUGAAAACAUUUGCUGAUUCUUCUUAUAAAAAUAUGAGUUAUAAAUUUAAAAACUUAUCCUAUAAAAAUACCAACAAUGUUAAUGAAAAUACUAGUUCAAAUAAUAUCAAUUAUAAUAUUUUUAAUAAUAACAUAAAUAAUAAUACCUACAAUGCCUAUAAAUUAAAUAAUAUUAAUAGUUUAAAUAACACUAAUAAUUUAAACAAUAUGAGUACUAUGAAUAACUUAAAUAAUAGUACUAUUAUUAAUAAUAUAAAUAGUAUUAAUACAAUAAAUAAUAUGAAUAAUUUAAAUAGUAUUAACAAUGGUAAUAAUUUAAAUAUGGCCAAUAGUUUAAUGAACAAAGGUGUUAAUAAUUUAUCUAUUCAUAAUUCUAAUAUUCAGUGUAAUUAUAAUCACUCAUGUAUAAAUACAAAAUAUAAUAAAAAUUUCAUUGGUAAUAAUCAUUUAAAUAUUUUUAAUCACUCGAAAGAUAUAACUAGACUAUCAAAUGAUAUGGUAAAUAAUAUUUGCAAUGGAUAUAGUGCUCAAAAAUUUAAGUUAAAUAAUACAUUGAAUGUUGCAAACAAAUAUAGCAUUAAUAAUAAAAUGAAAAAAAACAUUUUUAACAAAUUUAUUGGGGUUAAUCAAAAUUUUCAUUCUAGUUUAGCAACUACUAAUAAUAAAAAAUUUAACUCUUUUUUUACAUCACAACCAUAUAAUAUAUAUAAUAAAUAUAACCCUAAAAUAUUGAAUGGAAUUAAAUUUAAUAAGAACGAUUAUUUUUCAAAUUUUAAUUCAAAUAACUACAAUAACCAUUUUUAUGAUUAUAACAAUUUAAAUUCCAAAAAAAAAAUUGUAAAUAUAAAUAACAUUAAUGAAGCCAAAAAGUAA